UACGACGAUUGAAAUUACGUGUUGAAGAAGGCUUGGCAUAUUCUGGUGUAAAUACUCUGGUCUAAUAAGAAAUGAUAUAGUGAUGCUGAUAGUGUAAUAUCAGGUUAUAUGUAACUUAUAUUUUGAAGGAGAUUUCGUAUUGUAUUAAUAGGAACUGAGAAAUCUUUCCAAAUCGAGUAUUAGAAUGGGAACUGAACAACAACAGUUAGUGAAAGCACAGGAGCUGUUGCAGACGUUGGUGAAUGCAUCCGAAAAAGCUGCAAACAUAGCCCGUGCAUGUCGUGGAGAAAGUACACUAUUCUCAUUAUUGGUUGAAGAAAAGAAAGAUGGUGAGAAAAAUAAACGUUUUUUUCAGGAUUUCAAAACCUUGGCUGAUGUACUUGUACAAGAAUGUGUACGUCAUGAUGUCUCAAAAAGAUUCCCAGGAAUCGAAGAGAGUAUUCGAGGUGAAGAGAGCAACCAGUUUACAAAUACGCUGGGAGAAUCUAUCUGUGUCAAAGUUAUGGCCACUGGAACUGAAACCGAAAACCUUCUUGCUAAAGUUCUGGAUGGUAAUAAGAAUGCAGCUGCAUUGUUAGCUGAUUUGGUUCAUGAAGACAUUAACAAUUCUGUCGUUGAACCUAGAUUAGAUUCGUCCAUUCAGUUCCCAUUAAAUGAUAUUGGCAUUUGGAUUGACCCUAUUGAUUCCACCUCAGAAUAUGUGAAUGGUCAAUGGGAGAAACCUGGAGUGUUUGGUAUCGCAUCAUCUGGUCUUCAGAGUGUGUGUGUUCUGAUAGGAAUGUACAGUGUAUCAAGUGGGGCACCUCUACUUGGCGUAGUCAAUCAGCCAUUUUAUGCAUGGGACUAUUACCUUACUUUAAGCUCAAUUAGCCCCACCACAGCUGGGCGCAUUGAUUCGGUACAUCUUACAUCUUUCGUAGUCAAUCAGCCAUUUUAUGCAUGGGACUAUUCAUUAAAUAGGUGGACCGGUCGUUGCAUCUGGGGGUUUUGUCACCAGAAAACAACUUUAAAUGUUGAUGAGAAAUUAUGUCACAAUAUCUCCUCUGAACUUGCUGCUAACUGUAACACCCCUCUUGAUAAAAGUGUAAUCACCAUCAGCAGCAGUGAAGCAUCACCCUUGGUGAGUGCUUUAAAAGAUAAAUACGAAGUGGUCUUUGCUGCAGGUGCUGGGUACAAGGUAGUGAAUGUUGCAUGUGGUCUUGCUAAUUUGUACCUGCUCACCAAGGGCUCGACCUUCAGAUGGGACACUUGUGCUCCACAUGCUAUUCUUCGCUCCAUGGGUGGUGGCGUGAUGAACCUGAAAAAGGUUCUUAGUUUGCCUUUAGAUUCCCUCUUGGAUAAUCAAGAGAAUCUUCAAUUGAUCUAUAACUCUCCAGAGGAAGGUGUUAGUGGAGUUGACCGCUGGUGCAACAUGGAUGGACUUAUUGCCUACAGAGACACAGCUAGCCUGCUGGAGCUUGUUCAGUUCUUAAAGGAAGUGAACCUGAAACCAUGAUCAUUUAAUGCUUUAUCAAUAGUAACAAAAAUUUACGUACGUGUUACAGAUUUACUUUCAUUAAUGAUUCACUCCAUGCCUCUUAAUUGUGUAUUUAGUCAGUUUAUAUAUGGAUAGCAUUAUCGUCUAUUAAUAAAUUUAAUUAAGAGAU